CCGAAAGUAAAAACAAAAUGGACCCAAAGCAAAAGCACGCUUUAAACGCCAUUAUCAACGGACACAAUCUUUUAAUUCUUGGGCAAAGUGGGACAGGGAAGAGUUUUCUAAUAGGGAGGAUUAAAGAAACGUUUAAGAACUCUUCUAAAAUUGUUGCAAUAACGGGGACUACAGGCGUGGCAUCGCUGCACAUCGGUGGUGUGACUAUUCACUCGUGGUCAGGUAUUGGAGAUGGACGAUUUUCUAAUGAAAAGCUUCAGAAUAAAAUAUGCAAUGAUGAGCAUUUUGCCAAGUACAAAGAAAACAUACUGAAAACUGACAUUUUGGUGAUUGAUGAAAUUUCAAUGCUUUCUUUAAAACUUUUCAACCAAUUAGAAUAUAUUUGCAGAAUCACUAGAGAAAAUGACAAUUACUUUGGAGGAAUCCAGGUAGUAGGAAGUGGUGAUUUUUUCCAAUUACCCCCUGUUCCUGACGUGUUAAAACAAGACUUUGGUGAAUUUUGCUUUAAAUCCAGCAUUUUUUCAAGUGUAUUUAGGCAUAAAAUUAUUUUGGACAAAGUUAUGAGACAAGAUGAACCUGAUUUUGUCAAAGCAGUAAAUGAUGUCUCUAAAGGCAAGCUACCAAUUGAAACUGAAAAUCUUCUUAAACGUCUGCAAAGACCUCUUCCGCCCGGAGAGGAUCCUAUAAGACUUUUUGCACGGAAUUUUGAUAAAGAAAUCUACAAUUCCUCAUUGUUAAUUGACCUACCAGGUGAGAUGCAUACAUUUAAAGCAACAGAUGAGGGUGACACUAAAUUCCUAGAAAAAAUUCCUGCACCGAAUGUUUUGUAUCUGAAAGAAAAUUGCCCUGUUAUGCUUGUCAAAAAUUUGAGCACUACAUUAGUUAAUGGUCUACAAGGAAGAGUUCUCAGUGUUUCAAAAAAUUCUGUGACAGUAAAAUUUAACGAUACAGUGACAGAAUUGAGAAAAGAAAUUUUCACUGCUUAUAGUUCUAUAGAUGACAAAGUUGUAGCCAGUACAUCACAGAUUCCCUUGGCUGUAUCCUUUGGGAUAACAAUACAUAAAGCUCAAGGAUUAUCCAUGGACAGAGUGGAAGUAGAUUGCUCCAAUAUAUUCAAAGCCGGAAUGUUAGGAGUUGCUAUCGGGCGAGCAAGAAAGAAGAAAGGACUGAGAUUAAUAAACUUCCAUCCCUACAAUGUUCUUAAACCAGAUGCAGCCAUUUUUGGCUUCUAUGAUCAAGAAACAUUUCCCUUCCUUUCAGAACUGGCAUGUUGUAAUAUUCCAUUUUCACUGGAAGAAGAUUUCAACACUGACUUUGACAACCCAUUCAUAGAUUCUGAGUCUGAAAUGUCAGACUUUGAUGCAGAAGAAAUACGUGAAAUUGAUAGAAUGUCUACACUAUCAGCAACAGAAAAUGUUCCCACUGAUGAUACUCCAGAAAAUUUCUCAGAAAAGCUUCACACGGAAUGUCCCAUAGACAUAGACAAGAUAAGAUCAUGUUUACAAAAUAUGCAUGUACAGACAGAUGAACAAAGAAUUAUACAUGAAGGACUCUUUGAUCUUCUUGAAAAAAAUGAAUUUGAAUCAAAAUUUUUCUUAAAGAGACUUUAUGAGAAACUUUCAGUAAUAUAUCUUGAAAACUGUGCAGCAAGUGAGGGAAGAAAUCCUGACUCUAAAAUGUGGACCAAAUAUUACUGUGAAUUGUUUAAGUUUACAAGUUCCAGUGAGUACAAGGCAUUAAUUGAAGAAUGUAUUCAUCACAAUGCAGAACAGCAUGAUUUUAUGAUUUUUAGCAAAGUAUUUGAUAUUGUGUCAAACUUUAUUUUGGAAGAAAAGGCAAAAUCAUUAAAAGCAACUCCUGCACCAGUUAAGAAACAACUUUAUCUGAAAAUUGACUCGCCAAGUAUAGGCAAAUUGAGAUAUAUUUGUGGGAGAUGUGUUGCCAAAUCAAAGCACCAUUACAUCAAAUUAGCGAGAAAUAACAUGUAUAAGAAAGACAAAUUAAUUAAUGUCACUUCCUGUUUUGUAAAAGUGAAGAUGUUGGAUUUUUUAGCAUCUACUUAUGAUGAGUUGGCACAAAACAGUAUGUAUAAAGAAACUCUUGAAGAGACGAGGAGACUCCAAAACAUUUCUCAAAGUCUGACAAAUGUGAAGGACAAUGUUUUAGAUUUUUUUAUUCAAGUGGACAAGAUUAAGCAAGAGCUCUAUGAAAAGAUUUUUCAUUCAGAGGGUUCUAAUGUGUUAAAUUCUGUGCAAGAUGAGCUUUCCAAAAAUGAAGCAUUAAUCAACAAGUUUGAACAUUUGUUACAAAACUUUGAAUUCAAUGAUACUUUUUUGAAAUGUGACAAAAAUAUGGCACUGAGUAGUUUAAAAGAACUUUAUUUUGACCUGAUAUUGAGAUUUUGUCGUGUCGCUGAUAACCAGUUUCGGAAAGAUGUGCUGAGAACUUUACAAAAACAAACCAGAAACACUUUGAGAAAGCGGGUGCUAGAGGGAUCAAGUUCAUCAAAAGACAGUACUAGUACCAAAAUCUCCAUGACCCAAAUUAUCAAUGAUGACUCGGAAGGUAAACAUCGUUCCCACUUGAAAAUUCAAUCAUCACUGCUUGAUAGAGGAGCGUUAGCUUUUAGAAGUUUUACUAAAAAACAACUACUUGAUAUUGCUAAAGCCUAUGACUUAACACAGUCAAUGAAAAGUACAAAAGCUUCAAUAAUUGACAGCCUUAUACAUCAUAUUCCUAAGUGUCUGUGUAUUUCGAACGUUACCGCUCUUACAAAGUGUGAAGAAACAAAUUGUGCCAACCCUGAAGCAGAUUUGCCUGUAGAAGAAGAUAAAACUUCAAAUGUCUCAUUAAGUAUAGUACCAACUCAGUCAGAGAGGAAAACCAGAGGGAGGAAAAGAAAAAUCAAGACAGUUUACACCUAAGGAAGAAAAAACAGACACAGAACUUAAGUCUAAUUCUUUUUGAAGGCAUUGCUGCAACAAAAGGAGAUGCACGUUUCCCACCAGAAUUAGAUUUUCUGGACACCACUGUCUCUCCAAUAAUAACACUGUUUAUGCCGGUUCUAUAGGAAUUGUCGCUGAUCCUGGAAAAAGGAAACCAGUAUACUAGUAUGCUCCAGAAAUUCUAUGGCACCACACAAUGCAGCUUUCCCAGCUUCACCAAGAGAAUUACUCAGACUUGUAGAGAUACAGAAGACUCUCUGAUGGAAGAUUGACCCACCCAUUCUUGAUGAUGUCUCUGUAAGCAGAUGGAUUUCUGUUGUACAACUCUUUUUCCCACUGGAGAAGAUGUCAGUUUCACCAGGUUGUAAGUCGAAUCCAUGACAAAGAGAAACUGUCCGCAAACUUUUGAACAAGCCUGUAAUCGCAUUUUCGGUAAACUCUAUGUAAUUUGAAAUGAGAUACAUGGAUGGAUCAACUGAUGUACCAGCAACCAACAGUUCAAUAAAACCUGUAUCUUUUAGUAUUAGUUCAGUGAGGACAGAAUUUCCAUUAAAUUUUUCAAUGGACAUAAAUCCAAAUUUUAGAUUUUCUUCUGUUCUUUCUAUUAAAUUCCACUGCUUUGGAGCAAAUGCUGAGAUAUCUGCAAAGCUGAGAGCUUUAUGGGGUAGCAUUUCAAAUAUUAAGCCUCUGACACCAGGGUUUUUUUUCGUUCCAUUAAUUCCAUUUUCCCACACAAUAGACUUUUUUAUGGUGGGGAACAUUUUUUUUAACAUUUUGA